AUGAUAAUUAUUUUGUUAUUGUUUAAUUAAGUAUAUGGAAUUUCAAUAAACUUAUUGAAAAGAUAAAAUCUAGCCCAAAACAAUAUCUCAAAUUAUUAUAACGUUUAAUUUUAUGGACUAAUCAAUAUAGGAGAGCCACCUUAAUAAUUUUCAGUAAUUUUUGAUACUGGAUCAGGAGAAUUAUGGGUGCCUUCUGUUGGAUGUGUAGGUUGUCAUUAAUCAAAUAAAUUCAAUGCUAAAAAAUCAAAAACAUUAAAUAUAACAGAUUAUAUAAUAGAGAUUUAGGUAAAAAAUAGUAUUAAAUUCAGUAUGGAAAAGGGAAAAUUUAUGGCUAAGUAGUAUAAGAUUUUGUAGGAUUACCCAAUUCAAACAUACAUUCUUUUAUACCAUUAAUAUUAAUUUUUAAGGAGGAAAAUCUUAACAAUUUGAUAAGUGAUGGAAUUAUGGGUUUGAAUAAUGAUUUACAAAUUCCAAAUAUAUUCGAAAUUUCAUAUUAAUAAGGGUUUCUUAGAAAUUCGAUAUUUGUAAUGUAAUUAAAUUAGAUUCCAUAUCAAUCCAGAUUAUAUUAUAAUAUUUCACAAGAGAAGUUAAAUAAUGGCACAGUUUGGAUAAAUUCAAUUGAUAAUUUUUAUUGGGUAAUUUAAAUUUAUAUAAUUAGACUAUACCGAUUGAUUAAAUUUAAAUAUUCAAUGAAACUUUAAUUUAAAAAGAAUAAUAGGAGUGUGCUAUUAUAGAUUCUGGGACUUCUAUUAUAUUAUUAAAAGAACAAGUUUAUGAAUAUGUUAUAAAUUCUUUAUUAAAAGUUUGUGAAUAAAAAUUAGGACAAAUAAUUUGUCCUUGCUUUCCAAACUAGAAUUAAAAACAAUAUCUACCUGAUAUAAUCAUAAUUUCUAAUGGAUUUCAAUUAAAAAUCCCAUAUACAAGUUAUAUUUCAGAUCAAUCAUCAAACAAUAAAUACUGCUCUUUACUGAUUUAAAAUAGUAAAAAAUUUGAGUGUUUUCUUUUUGGAGAUCCAUUAUUUUUAAAUUAUAUUANUAAUUAGUUAUACUAAAUAUGUAAUUUAAUAAUUAUGAUAAUUAUUUUGUUAUUGUUUAAUUAAGUAUAUGGAAUUUCAAUAAACUUAUUGAAAAGAUAAAAUCUAGCCCAAAACAAUAUCUCAAAUUAUUAUAACGUUUAAUUUUAUGGACUAAUCAAUAUAGGAGAGCCACCUUAAUAAUUUUCAGUAAUUUUUGAUACUGGAUCAGGAGAAUUAUGGGUGCCUUCUGUUGGAUGUGUAGGUUGUCAUUAAUCAAAUAAAUUCAAUGCUAAAAAAUCAAAAACAUUAAAUAUAACAGAUUAUAUAAUAGAGAUUUAGGUAAAAAAUAGUAUUAAAUUCAGUAUGGAAAAGGGAAAAUUUAUGGCUAAGUAGUAUAAGAUUUUGUAGGAUUACCCAAUUCAAACAUACAUUCUUUUAUACCAUUAAUAUUAAUUUUUAAGGAGGAAAAUCUUAACAAUUUGAUAAGUGAUGGAAUUAUGGGUUUGAAUAAUGAUUUACAAAUUCCAAAUAUAUUCGAAAUUUCAUAUUAAUAAGGGUUUCUUAGAAAUUCGAUAUUUGUAAUGUAAUUAAAUUAGAUUCCAUAUCAAUCCAGAUUAUAUUAUAAUAUUUCACAAGAGAAGUUAAAUAAUGGCACAGUUUGGAUAAAUUCAAUUGAUAAUUUUUAUUGGGUAAUUUAAAUUUAUAUAAUUAGACUAUACCGAUUGAUUAAAUUUAAAUAUUCAAUGAAACUUUAAUUUAAAAAGAAUAAUAGGAGUGUGCUAUUAUAGAUUCUGGGACUUCUAUUAUAUUAUUAAAAGAACAAGUUUAUGAAUAUGUUAUAAAUUCUUUAUUAAAAGUUUGUGAAUAAAAAUUAGGACAAAUAAUUUGUCCUUGCUUUCCAAACUAGAAUUAAAAACAAUAUCUACCUGAUAUAAUCAUAAUUUCUAAUGGAUUUCAAUUAAAAAUCCCAUAUACAAGUUAUAUUUCAGAUCAAUCAUCAAACAAUAAAUACUGCUCUUUACUGAUUUAAAAUAGUAAAAAAUUUGAGUGUUUUCUUUUUGGAGAUCCAUUAUUUUUAAAUUAUAUUACUAUAUUUGAUAAAGAAAAUAAUAGAAUUGGAUUUUAAAAUUCAACUCUAGCAAUAUGGGAUGAUGAAAUCUUCUAAUUUGAUGAUUUUAUUAUUGAUUUUACAGGAAUCUUUUGGUUUUCAUUUGUUGCUUACAUUUUGAUUAUAGGAGGCCUUAUUUAUUACAAUAUAGAGUUAUCAAAAGUUUAAAAAUAAAAUCCUUCUGUUUUACAAUAGUCAAUUUAAUUGUGA